UGUGUUUCCUGUUCGGGAGUUGGUGAAUUCGUGUAGUUUGCGGUUAGGGAGAUUGGUGCUUACAGUAGCUGUUGGUGCAUCUGGAAAGGGGAAUAUUGCCUAAAUGGUUAUUAACCUCGUAUGUGUAAAACCUCUUACAUAGCUUUUCAGUAUGUGUUUCUCUUUAUUUCCAGGAGGCACUUGUAUUGGCUAUGGAGAUCCUCAUUACUUUACGUUUGAUAACUAUCCUCAUACCUUCAUGGGAAACUGCACAUACACCCUCACAAAGCUGUGCGAACAGAACAGCACUCUGACAUAUUUCAAUGUGGAAGUUGCACAUGAGUACAGAGGGGAGAACACCCUUGUAUCUUAUGUCAAGCAAGUAACAGUAUAUGUUCAUAAUUAUGCUAUAAGCCUGGAAAAGGAUAGGCUUGUAAAGGUAAGCAGAAAAAAAAGAUAAGAAACAAUGGAAAUUUAAUAUUAAUAGCUUAAAACAGCAAGACGGCUCACGUGUUUAAAUAUUUUGUCCUUUCUCACCAAUACCGAUUUAUUUCCCAUCCCAACUCCAGAGAAGAGAAAUUAAAAGGGACACUAUAAAAUUGGUGUACUGAAACAUUUAUAAGCAAUCAUUCAUCAUACUUUUUUAUUAUAUAAUUAUAUAUAACAAAUUAUCUAAUCAUUCACAUACUGCAAAAUAAUAUUAGAACACAUACAAAAAUGUCUAUAUGGCAAUAAUACAAUGACACAUAAAAAAAACCAUUACCCAGUAUUCCAGUAAAUAAAACUUCUCUGUGUGCUGGUGUCAGUUAGUACAAUAUCUCACUCGUUCUGUAGUUCAUCCUGAGUUUGUAUAGUCCAACCACAGACUGCAAAGCUCAACAGACAAUGUUUUUAAAUGUUAUUCAUAUUAUAUUAUGUUUCAUGUAUGAAUAGUUGAUGUAAAGUGAAAGCCCUGUUUCUCUUGAACAAAAUGAUCUAUAAUACGUGUAAGUGCACUUAAUAUAAAAAAGAGAUAUAUUAUUAUUAACAGACUUAUAACUGCAGUUCCAUGUCUUGUUUUGAUUAGAAUUUGUAAGGGAUUAAAAGUUGUAAAUGUUUAUUUUUAUACAAAAAUGUAGUUACAGUAGAAUAGUAGAACAAUAUUUUGUUUUAUAUCACAUUACUUUGAAUAGAAUUUUGCUCUAUGCUUAUGUGCUAAAAUAUACAUAAUGUUAAUCUGAUGAAUACUAAAUUCUAAAACUCCUCAAAAUUAUGGCCAUUGAGUACAAUACAUCAGAUUAAUUAAUUUGUAAACCACUGUGCAAUUUCUUUGUAAAGGUGCAAUUUGAUUCUUUUUGUAUAUGGUUGAAUUUUAUCAUUACAUCAGGAUAAAUAAUUUAAAGUUGCUUAUGCACAAAUCAUUUGUAGUUCUACUUAGAAAAAUAUUUACAGCUAUUAAAUAAAUUUGAUUUAAUUGAUCAAUUACUAAUUUCUAAAAAUCAAAAAAUCCCAGGUAAAUGGACAGAUCCAGCCUCUUCCCCUGAACUUGUCUCCAGGUGUGUCUAUUGAUUUGAGUGGUCAGUAUGUUGCUGUCACAGUUAAUGCUGGGUUAAGAGUGAAAUAUGAUGGAGACCACCGAGUCGAAGUAACACUUUCUAAAGUGUAUGAGAGAAAAGUAUGUGGAAUAUGUGGCAAUUUCAACAAUGAUCAUCGAGAUGAUACUCUCAAUCUUGCUGGGCAAAAAGAAGACAAUUCUAUCAGUUAUGGCAAUGGCUGGCAAGUACCUAGUGAUACUCAGUAAGUAAAUUGUAUUGCUUCUAAAUCUGGUCUUUCUUGUCAUAUGCAAUAACUUCUAGCACCAUUAUACUUUACAUUACUCUUUGUAUAGAUUACAGACCGACUGAACAAUCUUUUUUUAGUCUUUUUUUCUUUCAUGAACUUUGCAUGUCUGGCAUCCUUCACACACCAUUAGUGUGUUUAAUGCGGAAUGAUAGGAAUUUGCUUCCUUUAUUUACCCCCAUCUUUGCUGAGUUGCAUCAUUUCCAGCACGCAAGAGUGAUGUUGCUUGUGAUGUCAAUCUCAAAUCUAGGGGUUUGCUUACAUAAGGCUCAUUCCUCUAUUUUUGCAUUGCUAGUCCAUGGUCCUUGCCUGGUUCUAGGUGUUUGUGAUAUUGUUGCUUCUGUUGUUGAUUUACUGUGUUUGACCUGGUUUAUUUUUCAUUUCUCUUUGUUUCUUCUGACUAGUUUGACUAAGUUGUCCUCUGGUACCAUGACCUUGACUUGUAUCCUGCUUUCCUCAGUUAGAGUACACCUUGCAGUGUCUUUCUCCAAGUUUUGUCAUGACCUGUCUUUCAUAAAACCAUGUUGACUCCUGCUAAAUAUAUUUUUGUUCAAAAUUAAUUCCCCUUAAAGGAAUUCUAUAGUGUUAGGUAUACAAAUUUGUAUUCCUAACACUACAGUUCCCUCUGGUCUCCCCUCCCUCCAGGCUCCCUCAGUAGCACAUAAAGGGUUAAACAAAACAGGCCAAAAAAACUUUAUUUACUCACUUGAUUUGACUGGUGAUGUCCCUCAGCAUUGAGUUAUGCUCCCCCUCCUCCGACAUCUUCCAAUGGGGCGACCUAAUGCACAUGUGUGGUGAGUGCUGCAAGUGCAUUAGACCCUCCCCAUAAGAAAUCAUUGCCUCAUGAAGUGGUCUGGGUGACUAUAGUAUCCCUUCAACAGUCCUUCAAAUAUUUUCCCAACCACACAUGUUAAAAUCGCAUCUAUAGUAUCCAGGUUGAACUUUUGAAGCCUUUUUAAAUAUAGGAGACAAAUCUGCUUUUCUCCAGUCCUUUGUUACAAUUCCUGAAAGAAAAGAAUCCUGAAAAAUUAAAAAGAGUUGUAUGGAUAUGUCUGCACUAAGCUCCCUAAGCACACGUGAGUGAAUACCAUCUGUGUCUGGGCUUUGUUUACAUUAUCUUUUUUAAUUUCUGAAGCACUUUAUGCUGUGUUAAAAAAUCACCUGUUUGCUGUAAUGCUUUUGUAAUAAGGAUUUGCAAAUCUACAGCCAUAUAUUCUUCUUCCCUAUAUACUGAAGAAAACUAAUUAUUUAGAAUUUCUGUCUUGUCUUGAUCUUCCUUGAUUAACUCACCCAUCUAACUUUCCAAUUGACCAACUCUUUUACUCUUAACCUUUUUGGCAUUAAUGUACUUAAAAAAAGACAUGUUGGAGUUAGUCUUGAGUUGGUUAGGGAUUCUAUCUUCUGAUUUCCUGACACUAUUCAUUGUCAAUCUGUAUGACUUUGUACUCCAUGCUGUUAAAUCAUUGUUUCUACCUGACACAUACAAAAUCGUGUCUGGUGCGAUAAGUGCAUAAGGAUAAAGGUCUAGCGGACUGCCUCAAUGAAUAUUUUUGUUCAGUAUUUACAGAUGAAAAUGAAGUAAGGGGACCUCAGCUAGGAAAAAGGACAAAUAAGUCAUUUGUUACAUGUGAGUUUACAAAGGAAGAGGUUCUAUUUCAACUGUCAAAAGUAAAUACAAACAAGUCAAUGGGGCCUGAUGGAAUACACCCAAAGUUAUUGAUAGAGCUUAGUGGUGUACUAGCAAAACCAUUAACAGAUUUAUUUAACCAAUCAUUGUUAACAGGAGUAGUCCCAAAUUGGAUGUUAGCGAAUGUUGGGAAGAGUUGGGAAACUAUAGGCCAGUAAGACUUACUUCGGUAGUGGGGAAAGUAAUAGAAAUCAUGUUAAAGGAUAGGAUUGUUCAAUAUAUAAAAUCACAUGGAUUUCAAGAUCAGAGAUAAUAUGGGUUUACUUCAGGGAGAUCAUGCCAAACUAAUCAUAUUGAUUUUUUUGAUUGGGUAACUAAAAUAAUAGAUCAGGGUGGUGCAGUAGACAUUGCUUAUCUAGAUUUCAGUAAGGCUUUUGACACUUUCACAUAGAAGGCUUAUCAAUAAACUGCAAUCUUUAAGUUUGGAUUCCAAUAUUGCUGAAUAGGUAAGGCAGUGGCUGAGUAACAGGCAACAGAAGGUUGUAGCCAAUGAAGUAUGUUCAAAGCUUGGGCUUGUCACCAGUGCUUGUCACCUCAGGGAUCUAUACUUGGAUAAAUUCUCUUUAAUACUUUUAUUAGUGAUAUUGCAGAAGGUCUUGAUGGUAAUAUAUGUAUUUUAGCUGAUGGUAUGUAAGGUAUGUAACAGGGUUGAUGUUCCAGAAGGGAUCAGCCAAAUGGCAAAUGAUUUAGGUAAACUAGAAAAAUGGUCAGAGUUGUGGCAGCUGAUAUUUAAUAAGGAUAAGUGCAUCUUGGACGUAAAAACCCAAGGGCAGAGUACAGAAUAUUUGAGUCCCACCUCAACAUCUGAGGAAAGGGAUUUAGGGGUAAUUAUUUCAGAUGACUUAAAGGUAGGCAGACAAUGUAAUAGAGCAGCAGGAAAUGCCAGCAGAAUGUUUGGUUGUAUAGUGAGAGGUAUUAGCAGUAGAAAGAGGGAAGUGCUCAUGCCAUUGUACAAAACACUGGUGAGACCUCACUCGGAGUAUUGUACGCAGUAUUGGAGACCGUAUGUCCAGAAGGAUAUUGAUACUUAAGCGAGAGUUCAGAGAAGGGCUACUAAACUGGUUUAUGGAUUGCAGGAUAAAACUUACAAGGAAUGAUUAAAGGAUCUUAACAUGUAUAGCUUGCAGGAAAGACAAGAGAGGGGGAGAUAUGAUAGAAACAUUUAAAUACAUAAAUAGAAUCAACACAGUAAAAGAGGAGACUAUAUUUAAAAGAAGAAAAACUACCACAAGAGGACACAGUCUUAAAUUAGAGGAGCAAAGGUUUUAAAAUAUCAGGAAGUAUUACUUUACUGAGUGGUAAGUGGAUGCAUGGAAUAGCCUUCCAGCUGAAGUGGUAGAGGUUAACACAGUGAAGGAGUUUAAGCAUGCGUGGGAUAGGCAUCUUAUUGUCUCAUUUUAUGGAAUAUUAAAUUAUAGAUCGUUAUGUUACUAUAUAAUUGGUUACUAUACCUUUAAGAUCCUGAUACUUUGUUUGAGCAGACCCCAUGUCUUGUUUUUUUAUAUGUUACUUAUACAUAUGUUUUAACAUGUGAACUUAUUUUUUGGUGAGGUGGUGAACCCAUGAAUAAACUUAAUUUCAUUAUCCUGGAGUGCUGCCCGUGUUCCUCUUCUUUUAAUAUUGCAUUGGUGGAUUCAGCGGUGUCCAUCCUUUACCAGGGGUGGGCAAUCUUCGGCCCUCCAGAUGUUAUGGGCUACAUCUCCCUUGAUGCUUUUCUAGCAUUAUGGCCCUAAGAGAAUUAUGGGGGAUGUAGUCCAAAAGAUUGCCCACCCCUGAUUUACACUGAGCGCCUCCUUGGUGGAAGGUCGGAGCAUUAAUGCGGAACUCGAGUACAGGGUAUACUGUUUCUGUCUGGUUUUUAUCUCCCGUCACAUUCUAUGUUUCUAUGUUUGGAAUACAUCUUUUAUCUUUUAACUGAAUCAAGUGGUCUCUCUAAUAGAUUACAGAUUUGAAGAUUACAGAGGUAUUUUAUAACUAUUUUAUCAAAAUCAUGUUUGUGUGCAAAUCACUACUGAAUCUCAUGUUUCUUUUUACUCUUUAAAGCUGCUCAUUAGACUCUGACCAAAAAUUUAAUUGCUCUGAUGAUGUAAGACGCAAAAUUGAGAGCUAUGAAUCCUGUGGCAUAAUGCUUCCGUUUGAUGGUAUAUUCCAACGCUGCCAUCUAAUAGUAGAUCCAAGGGAGUACUUUGUAAACUGUUACUAUGACAUGUGUGCACUACAACUAGACCCACAUACACUCUGUAUCCACAUCCAAUCUUAUGCAGAUGCUUGCCAGGAGGCAGGAGCCAUUGUGCUCCCCUGGAGAAAGGAAACUUUCUGUCGUAAGUAUGAUCUUAAAGACUAACAAUUAAGUGAAGCAUCAAUACUUAAACUAAUAAAGCCAUAAAACACCUGGUCUAUGCUACAAUCGGCAGUUUAAUUAAUUAAGGUCUAACUGACAAUUCAUAAUCAAUUUAAGCUACUAAAAAGUCAACAAUAUUAUGUAAUUUAUAUAAUUUCCCUUUGACUGACAUUAACAAUUAUUUUUUCUUUAGCAAAUAUGUCACAUUUUCUAAUAUAACAUAUCACCUAAACUAUACUAUAUGUUUUACCCAAUUAAGGAUCAGUGAGGCCCUGUGCCAUCAUACCACUUUAAAGGGACACUGUAGUCACCUAAACAACUUUAGCUUAAUGAAGCAGUUUUAGUCUAUAGAUCAGGACUCUCAGGUUUCCCUGCUCAAUUCACUGCCAUUUAGGAGUUACCCAGGAAAAAUAGAAAUAAAUUGGAUCUGUGUGAAAAUGGGUGUAAAAGGGAAUAAACACCACAUCCACACUGAUCCCAUACACUCCAGCAAUGCCCAAGGGAGAAUGGUUACUGUCUAGAGGAUUAGCAGCACUAAUAAUCAAAAGUAGGACAGGUGCAAGUUAAAAUUGACCCAUAGGUCACAGUAACCUUUCUCCCUUUAGCAUUUUUACCGGUGCUCAGGAAUUAAGGGGAGAUCUACUAACACUCUAUGCAUUAAAAGGCCAGGACUCAUUAAGCCUAUAUGUAUAUUGCAGACUUGGGCGUUUAGCACUUCAUCUCCUCACUUACUUAGACAUGGGAGUUUGUUAUGAUUUACAAUUUUUCUUCUAUGCCUAUCUGGUAAGUCCCACAAGGAGAGAGGCUUUCUUUAUUUUAUUUUACUUUAUCCGUCGGUCUACUUUGAUUAUUAGGGCUGCCAAUCUUUUAGACAGUGACCUUUCUCCCUUUGGCACUUUUUCUGGUGCUUCGGUACUAAGUUGAGAUUUACUAACACCCUAUGCAUUAAAGGGCCAGGACUAAUAAAGACUAUAUGUAUAUUGCAGAAUUAGGUGUUUAGUAACUCUCCUCAAUUACUUAGGCAUGGGAGUAGCCUUAUGAGGCUAGUUCGGUAUUUAUUAUUAUUUGGAGUUAGUUUAUUUUUGUGUUGAUACUUUCUGUUACUUCAGAUAUUUAGUGGUCUCCUUCUGGUUACACUGUUCCGUACCACUGGAUGCUUUGGUGCCUACGUCUUUAUCUCCAGCCAGCAUUAUAUUCAGUUUGUGAAUUUUUGCUCUUUUGUUUCUGCAUUUAGGAGUUAACCCCUUCAGGACGAAGUGAAUAGUACACGUUCUGAUCAAAACAAAAUGUAAACAAAAACAGAAAUUUGCGCUAUAUGUCUGUCCAACCGUAAUUCACCUCUUUCAUAUUAAGUGCACCCACACUUAUUAUAUAUCAUUUUGUUCAGGAGAGACAGGGCUUUCAUUUCUCAAUAACUAUUCAUAUAUGAAACAUAAUUUAUUAUGAAUAAAAUUUAAAAAAAACUGUGAGAAAUUAAGAAUUUUUAAAAAAAUGUGUAGUUCAGCCUGACAUUUUAGCUGUAAAUGUAAUAAUACUGUUAGUUUUUAGUGCAAUAAAAUGGACAUAUUUGUAUUUAGUCUCACGAGUGCAACAGUACACCCCAUUAACAGGUUUUACGGUGUUAUGGAAAGUUACAGGGUCAAAUAUAGCACAUUCCAUUUUUCAGUUUUUUCACAUUGAAAUUUGCCAGAUUAGUAAUGUUACAUUUGAGACCAUAUGGUAGCCCAGGAAUGAGAAUUACCCCCAUGAUGGCAAACCAUUUGCAAAAGUAGACAACCCAAGGUAUUGCAAGUGGGGUAUGUCCAGUCUUUUUUUAGUAGCCACUUAGUCACAAACACUGGCCAAAUUUAGCAUUCAUAUUUGUUUUUGUGUGAAAAAAGCAAAAACCAAAUAUUUGGCCAGUGUUUGUGACUAAGUGGUUAUCCUGAUGAAAGUUCCUGAAUGGAACUGAAACUUUGACUGUUACACUUUUUAGUAAAAGAAGUUCCUAAGAAAGCUACCUGGGAGUGCUGAUUUUUUCUUUCAUACAUUUAGUGCAAUCAAGCACCGGGUCAAAUAAUUGUAAGUAGGAGUGCAAGGCUUUUUUUCAAUAUAUAUAUAUAUAUAUAUAUAUGUAUAUAUAUAUAUUUGUGUUAGGUGCUUAAGAUAGUACAGUAUGAAAUACCAUGAAUAAGCGUAGGAUGAUAAAAGGAGCAAGUCGGUUGUGGUGUGCCGAAACCGACGAUGAGGUAGGCCUGAGAAAGAAGAGGGCCCACCCAGGAAAAGAAAUAGAAAGGAAAUAAAUGUUAAAAGUGGUGUGGUGGGAGGGUCAUUCAACGCUGACCUCGAACGGUAAGGAGCAAGGUAAGGGGAGUGCCUUAAGUAGGCUAGGGGUAGCAAACCAGCACCUCCCACAAAUGCAGGCAAAUUGCCUUAAUACUUGUGUUAGGUGCUUAAGAUAGUACAGUAUGAAAUACCAUGAAUAAGCGUAGGAUGAUAAAAGGAGCAAGUCGGUUGUGGUGUGCCGAAACCGACGAUGAGGUAGGCCUGAGAAAGAAGAGGGCAAAAAUUAAGUAAUCAAAUUUAUUAACAGACAACCAAUACAUAUACAUUUAUCAACCAGACAUGUUUAUGAAAGCAUCCCUUAAUUCUUGUACUGGGUUCGGUAUGUACCGUGAGUAAGCGGAUGACUUCCAGCGCCCCAGUGUUUUGAUAACAUGAGUUGGGAUGUUGACACUGGAGGCUGUGGACGCGGCUCCUAUACGAAAGGAGUGUCCUGAGUAUUUGUUUGCGUUGAGGCCCAGUUGUGUGAGCAAGGACCUGACGUAGGUCAUGAAGGUUGUAGUGGUGAGUACUGCACCUUGUAGUUGUAAUAACGGUUGCGAGGGCAGUAAGUGAUGGUGCUGUAUGUAGGCAUCAAGAACCUUGACGGGACACCAUCUGUUGUGCGUGGGAUAGUACGGAAUGUUUACAGGUAUGUGCUGGCUGGUUUUGGAGUGAGGUAAAGACAGGAUGUAAUGAUCCAUAUGUUUUGUCAAGUGGGAGUAGAGGAGGAAUGGAGUGGUUUGGAUCGUGGAGGUCGUAGUGAAUUCUCUGGGUCGUAGAAAUCCAUAGAAAGCGAUGUAUAUUGCUGUUUUGAUGAUAGAAUUCGUAUUAGUGUCAAACGGUUUUAGGUCAAGUAGGUUAUAUAAUGCUUUGAAGAUAUGAUUAUCUAUGGGUAGCCUCUGGGCCAAAUGUGUGGGUUCUGAUUUUUUAAUACCUUUGAGUAUGGUCUUAAUUUGGUGAGAGGCCAUGAAACUGUUGUUAUUUGGGUGUAAGAUGAGCAUGUGGUGUUGAAUGCCAGUGAGAUAGAGUUUGAUGGUGUUGUAUGACAUUUUGAGUUUAAGGUGGCAAAAGGAAGCAAACCCCAAAAAAGAUGUCAUAACAAACGGUUGUAUGAUGUUAUGUUCCAGAAGGAAUCAUUUGAAUAGUGUGAAAGCCCUGCUGUAUGUUUUGUUUGUAUUGUUUGAAAGUGCCAACUGGGACAAUGCCCUGCUAUGCUGCAUGAUGACGUCUAGUCCAGUAUGAGUUGUUGAAAUGUUGGAGUGAUGGUGGCUGUGGGUGCUGCUGACGGGAGUGCUUGAUGAAACUCCUGAAAUUUAAAGCGAGACAAAUUGUCAGCAGCUGUGUUAUAUACACCUGGCACAUGGAAACAACAUAGGAAGAAAUUAUGACAAGCUGCCAACCAAGUGAGUUUCCUCAGAAAUCUCAUGAUCGUAAGAGAUUUGGAACGACCUUUGUUGAUGAUGUGACAGGUUGCCUGGUUGUCUGAGUAACAACGCACUGGCGUAUUAGCCCAUAAAUGACCCCAUGCUACGGCAGCCGCCACUAUGGGGUAGAUCUCAAAAAGAGCUGAGGUAGUGGAAAAACCUUCCAAAUCCUGAACUGCUGAAGGCCAGCUGCCCCAAAGCCAUUCGUUCCCAAAAAUUGCUGCAAAACCAGUGGUAGAUGCCGCAUCUGACCAAAUGGUAGGAGAUGAUUCAGUCAAUUGAGGGAGGAACAUACUUUUACCAUUCCAAGUGGUUAAAAAUCUCUUCCACAUGUUUAGAUCUGCCGUAGCUUGGGCAUCUAAGGACAACCUGUGCGUGUCAUGUAGAAAAAGUGGGAAAAGAUGCAAUAGUCGUGAAAUAAAGGAGCGGCCUUGAGGUAUGAUGCGCAUCGCAAAAUUUAGUGACCCUAGCAGGGACUGUAGCUCUUUGCGGUUGCAAGUGCCGAGCUGUAGGUAGUUGUUUAUGUAAGUGAGAAUAUUCUCUAUCUUAUCGCAUGGUAGGCUUGCUUGCAUUGUGGCAGAGUCUAAUUGGAUACCCAAAAAAGUGAUAACCGUGUCUGGCCCUUCUGUUUUCUUUGGGGAGAUGGGUACACCUAUUUGCUCAAACAGCUUAGUGGUAGCUUUGAGGCUAGUGGGAGGUGAAGUAUUCUCCUCGACCAGUAGGAAAUCGUCCAAGUAAUGUAAUACGUAGGGCAUCCGGCUAUGUUCAAUAGUAACCAGCAUAAUGCUUCAGCAAAUGUGUCGAAAAUAGCUGGGCUACUUUUGGACCCAAAAGUUAACCGGGAGAAAAAAUAGUAGUUCCCGGACCACUUGAUGCCAUGCAGGUGCCACAGUGUGGGGUGGAUAGGGAGUAACUUGAAGGCGUUAGUAAUGUCGGUCUUACUGAGCCAGGCUCCAACUCCUGCUUGUAUGAUAGCUGUAAUGGCGUGAUCUAUGGUGGUGUAUUGCAGAGAGAAUUCCUCAGAGGGUAUGAGGGAAUUAAGACUGGGGUUGGCCGAUGAGUGGGGAGCCGAUAAGUCAAUGAUGAGUCUCUGUUUUUGGGAAGAUUUCCCUGUGACAAUACCAAUAGGGUUGGUGCGCCAUUCUGUGAAUGGAGGAGUUCUAAAAGGCCCCAAUACAAAGCCCUCAUCCACUUCUUGGGCUAUGAGGGUGUCAACCACUGUGGGGUUGUGUUGGGCGGAUUGUAGGUUAGGGCAUUCCAGAGUUCCAGCUGGUAUGUGUAGGAUACCUGUGUGGAAGCCUUCUGUUAAACCAGAAAUAAGAAAGUCUACCAGGUGUCUAGAUGGGUGCUGAGACAUCAAUGUUGUGAAUACUGGCAUAUUAAUGGACGUAAGGUAAGGCUUGGAAUACAUUUUAUUUGGACACAUGGUCUUUGCAUGUGCCCUAAAACAUUUUGAACAGACAUGCAAUAGUCUACAUCCACUGUAAUUACAAGACCCAACAUUGAAAUUAUUACAUACCUGGGACUUGCCCAGAAACUUGAUUGGGCGUCCCAAUUUGUCUUUCGAUAGUUUCCCUGGAUCCCCAGAGGAACUAGUUCCUUGUGUGGAGGCAUGUCCGUCUGCCGUGUUGGGACAAAAAUUAGUAGUAUGGGCUGUGGAGGAGCAGUAUGCACAAGCUGGUGUUCUUAGACCUGCAAAGUGUCUGCAAAAUAAGACGGUAUCAAUCCUUCCCCAUUUGGAUCGUGUUCCGUACUGGGAGAAGGCUCCAGCCACUUUUGCAGAAAAAGACCUAUGGUAUUCAUAGAAUGCCGAACCACCAUAUUUGUUGCCCAGGUCUACCAGCUUGUGCAUAUAGAGAUCAAACUCCUCUCUUCUGUUAGGAUAAACCGCACAGAUGACAUCCCUGUAAAUACCAAACGCUAGUACAAAUUCAGGGAUAGUCAGUUUCCUGUUCAGGCGGGCAUCCCUAGAUCUGACAAUAACAGAAACAUCAUCAUAAGCAUACGUCUUAUGUUCCACAAUGUCCUGGGAGGCAAUCAACAGGGAAGCCAGGUUGACGUCUUUACCUUCCAGGAUAUCCCUUUUGAUAUGCUCAGGUAUCAUGUGGGCCGGGCUAACUUCCUGGUCAUCCAGGGUGCUGGCUGGAGAGACUAAUGGCAAGGCUGGUGUUUGUACCGCAGCCGCGGGUGGCCCUGCUAGAGUGAGGGCCGUGGUGACCGACUCAAGUUUCUCCAGCCUGGAGUUGACCUUGCCCAUGGAUGCCAUGAGUGAGGAUAACAUGGCAUGUAUGUCCCCUGGGUUGGACUGGCUAGAUCCUUCCCCGGUCUCCAUGUUAUUAGUUGAUGUGCGUAGCAGUUUGAAAAGUUCUGCCUUCCUUGCUGUAGCGGGGUAGGGGAUUUGUCGUCUGCUUAAUUCCGUGGUUAUGCGCGGGAUUGUCCAGGAUCUGAUUGAUGCUGGACUAGCUAGCUCUCCUCCUUGUGUGGGAGUGACAGCUCUAGCCGGGGUGCUAGGCAAGGAGAAAUCCUCUACCCCUUCCUGAGACAUACUAUAAAUAAAACAAUAAUUAGUAUAUAGAACCACCAAAUUGUACUGGCAGGCUAGCUAGGCCAGAUGGCGAAAGUAUUAUACUUGUUUGGUGACAGGUGAGGCCCUGCUAAUUGCCAAGCGGCUUGAGAGGCUCUAUCUUUGCGUUGGCGCGAGGGGUUAUUGAGGCCACUUGACGUAGUGGCAGGAGUUUUAAAUGUAUGGUAGAAUACCAUAUGAGCAGGUGUAUGUACCUGGUAGUAUGACAAAUCACAGGAAUAAACCGUGUGGAGCAAUUAUAUAAGCUUGACAGCCUAAAAAUGGGUAAAAGAGAGUAGUAUGAUGAGUGUGGAGUGUGAAAAGAAACAGACUUAUAGUCCGUAGCAGCGAUGUAUUAAAAUUAUGUUGAUACCAUGGGAAUAGCUAUGAGUGGCUCAGAAAUGUUAGCAUGCUUGAAUAAGACAUCUGAGGGAGGCCGUGGCCUAUGUACAAACAAUCUAUGUGUUACGUGAUAAUGGUGUGUAAAGGAAAACAUGAAACGUAGGUUAUAUACAUAUGUAUAUGACUGUGCAGGAAACGUAUGAUUGGUUGGAUCAGUACGUGUGAUUCAACCCGAGUAUGCAUGAAAAAGGAAUUAAGCCUUAUGUGUCAUCGUCAUGACAGAGAAAUGAGGCCUGUAAUAUAGGCUGAGUGAAUUGAAAUGAAAUGGAUAGUUAUAAAACUCCUGGCGUGGGAGUUUCAAUGAUCUGUACAGAAAUGUAACUGGUUUUAUAGAAAGGGACAUGGAUGAGGUCCUGGCCUAUUUAACACAGCGUUAUGUAUGAUAUGUAGCAGAAUAACCAAAGGCAGGGAUACCCCAAAAUGAUUUAAAAUGAUGUAAAGUGAUGUAUAUCUAUAUGAUAUAUUGUAUAGAAAAGACGUAUCAACCCGAGAAUUAUGCUUAAAUGAACCUAUAUUCUUUGUAUGUGUUGUAGUAAUAACCCAGAAGUGAGGCCUGUAACAUAGGCUGAGUCCAUUUGUAUAAAUGGAUAAGUAACGCAGACCCCUGAAAGCGUGGGAGUCAAAUGGUAUAUACAGAGAAGUGGACUUGAUUUGUGGACGUAAUACAAUACUGACAAUAUUUUAAAAGUAAUCAAAAUAAUCUAUUUAAGCAAGCAAUUCUUUAACCGAACGUUAUAUACACAUGAAAUGGUGAAUAUAAUUCAUGAAAGGAUUAUACGUGAACACACAGAAAAGCCGAAAGCAAAUGUGAGGGAAACACAGAAGUUAGAAUAGUUUAACCGUAUGACUUAUGCGAACCGAAAGCGUGUUUGAGCGUAAGUAAAAAUUUGCCGAACGGCAAAACAACCGAAUGAUAAUUCGUUUCAAUAACAUGAAAUAGGAUAUGCGAAAUGACUAUUGAACGAUUAAAUAUGUUCAGCCGAAUGACCGUACGAAUGAAAAAGCCCGCGAAUGGCUUGAAACAUUCGUGUCAUAACCAGGGAAAAAGCCGUAAAGCGAGGACCCGUGCUGUACCGUACGCCGUGGGAACCGGUCCUGGCGUGACAGGAAGGUCUGACUUACGGUUUAGGAGUCCCUGGGACGCGAUCUACGACGGAGACCGGAGUCAGAAGAAGCUGGACGGGCGGAAAGGCCUGAACAGGAUUCCUGGACACAGCUUAACGUGGUGAAACCUCGUGGAUACUGAAACCAAGAUGGCGUCUGAGAGAACCCGGAAGUGGAUCCUCAUUCAACGCUGACCUCGAACGGUAAGGAGCAAGGUAAGGGGAGUGCCUUAAGUAGGCUAGGGGUAGCAAACCAGCACCUCCCACAAAUGCAGGCAAAUUGCCUUAAUACAUAUAUAUAUAUAUAAACAAUUUUUGUCCCUGCACACAAGCUGAAAUAUUAUAAAUUGCCGGGUGCCAGCCAGGGCUCAAGCGUAUUCAAAUAGCAACAGAUAUUAGCUGCACUCAUGGUCUGUGAUAAAAUCUUCAAUUCUUUAUUGGAUUCGUUUUAAGAAUUAGAUCGAUGUUUCAAUCCUCCUUGUGGACUUUCCUCAGGAUCAAACAUGGAAUUCUAGUAUAACAGUUGUCAAACAGAUACAUACAUAAUUACAAACAUAAUUGAAUGUAGGUGCAUAUUAGCUUACCCCAGGUGUUGCUUGUUGCCUUCGGCGUUCUCCAAAGUCCCAGGAGCAUGCAUGUGGUGACUCCACCCCCUCGAGUGACAUAAUGCCGUAUCGGCGUGAUGACGGUCGUCUCGUCUCCACAGCAACGAUGUUAACAAACAGACGAUGCUCGUGGAAACUGUCGAUCAUAUAACAGUGAAUUAAGAGUACUGUACAAAUCCAGUAAAAAUACUGAUGAUUAAUAUAACAUUCGGUGAAAGAAUAAAAGGAUGAAUAAAGUGCUUAAAUAUUAUAGUAAUGCUAUCAUUAGAUUGCCAUUCUAAAUUGAAUAUUACCAAUAUAUAAAGUGACAUUGCUUAUAAUGUCAAGUGCACUGAGUGCUCAUAGUACCAAUAAUAAAAUUGCAUUGAACAGGUGUAAAGUGCUUAAAAUAUGAACCAUAAAGUGGCAAAUAGUACAGGAGAAAACUCCUAAUGUGAAAAAUGCUUCUUGUGUCCCCUUCCAUAGGAUUAGAAGAUCAUAAAUGUAGCGGAAAUACUCUACAGCCCACCCUAGGGUUUUACAGGAUUCCCUUGCAAAAGCGCAAUACAUGCGUGUCAUCAGAAAUACAGGGAGUGCAGAAUUAUUAGGAAAGUUGUAUUUUUGAGGAUUAAUUUUAUUAUUGAACAACAACCAUGUUCUCAAUGAACCCAAAAAACUCAUUAAUAUCAAAGCUGAAUAUUUUUGGAAGUAGUUUUUAGUUUGUUUUUAGUUAUAGCUAUGUUAGGGGGAUAUCUGUGUGUGCAGGUGACUAUUACUGUGCAUAAUUAUUAGGCAACUUAACAAAAAACAAAUAUAUACCCAUUUCAAUUAUUUAUUAUUACCAGUGAAACCAAUAUAACAUCUCAACAUUCACAAAUAUACAUUUCUGACAUUCAAAAACAAAACAAAAACAAAUCAGUGACCAAUAUAGCCACCUUUCUUUGCAAGGACACUCAAAAGCCUGCCAUCCAUGGAUUCUGUCAGUGUUUUGAUCUGUUCACCAUCAACAUUGCGUGCAGCAGCAACCACAGCCUCCCAGACACUGUUCAGAGAGGUGUACUGUUUUCCCUCCUUGUAAAUCUCACAUUUGAUGAUGGACCACAGGUUCUCAAUGGGGUUCAGAUCAGGUGAACAAGGAGGCCAUGUCAUUAGAUUUUCUUCUUUUAUACCCUUUCUUGCCAGCCACGCUGUGGAGUACUUGGACGCGUGUGAUGGAGCAUUGUCCUGCAUGAAAAUCAUGUUUUUCUUGAAGGAUGCAGACUUCUUCCUGUACCACUGCUUGAAGAAGGUGUCUUCCAGGAACUGGCAGUAGGACUGGGAGUUGAGCUUGACUCCAUCCUCAACCCGAAAAGGCCCCACAAGCUCAUCUUUGAUGAUACCAGCCCAAACCAGUACUCCACCUCCACCUUGCUGGCGUCUGAGUCGGACUGGAGCUCUCUGCCCUUUACCAAUCCAGCCACGGGCCCAUCCAUCUGGCCCAUCAAGACUCACUCUCAUUUCAUCAGUCCAUAAAACCUUAGAAAAAUCAGUCUUGAGAUAUUUCUUGGCCCAGUCUUGACGUUUCAGCUUGUGUGUCUUGUUCAGUGGUGAUCGUCUUUCAGCCUUUCUUACCUUGCCCAUGUCUCUGAGUAUUGCACACCUUGUGCUUUUGGGCACUCCAGUGAUGUUGCAGCUCUGAAAUAUGGCCAAACUGGUGGCAAGUGGCAUCGUGGCAGCUGCACGCUUGACUUUUCUCAGUUCAUGGGCAGUUAUUUUGCGCCUUGGUUUUUCCACACGCUUCUUGCGACCCUGUUGACUAUUUUGAAUGAAACGCUUGAUUGUUCGAUGAUCACGCUUCAGAAGCUUUGCAAUUUUAAGAGUGCUGCAUCCCUCUGCAAGAUAUCUCACUAUUUUUGACUUUUCUGAGCCUGUCAAGUCCUUCUUUUGACCCAUUUUGCCAAAGGAAAGGAAGUUGCCUAAUAAUUAUGCACACCUGAUAUAGGGUGUUGAUGUCAUUAGACCACACCCCUUCUCAUUACAGAGAUGCACAUCACCUAAUAUGCUUAAUUGGUAGUAGGCUUUCGAGCCUAUACAGCUUGGAGUAAGACAACAUGCAUAAAGAGGAUGAUGUGGUCAAAAUACUAAUUUGCCUAAUAAUUCUGCACUCCCUGUAAUUCCAAUGAUGGAAUCAGAGAAGUCCAACUACCGGAAAUGACUUUAAAGUUCUUAGAAUGAGGCUACAAGAAAUAUGUCCUACAGAAAGCACUUAAAGAAGCACAGAGUGUCAGCUUUUGUCGCAAGGAAGUAAGCCCGUCAAGACUAGUGUUUCCCAUGGAAUUUCAUCAAAAGAGCCCACAAAUAGCCAAUACAAUAUGUCGGAAUUGGCGGAUGAUCUCAAAUGAUGACACGCUGCCAAAAGUUUUUAAAGAAAAAACUCUUCUUUGCUACAGAAGGAACAGGAACCUUAAAGACCUGCUGGUUCAUACAGAUUCUAUUAAUAGCUAUACACAAGCCAAUAGUGUCCAAAACCAAAGUUCAGUAUGAUGCGUAGGCUGUGUUAUGUGAAGCCACAUGUUACCAGCACGUAUAUUUAACCAUCCUCAUACUAAUAAAAAAUAUGAGAUCAAACACACUGUGACGAAGUGCCCUUCGCCACUUGGUCCUGGAGAGGCCUACUUGCCAGCCUCCUCCCCUGUGACUAUGACUCUUUCAUCUAUCUGGCUUUAAAGCCCCUAGUCUACCUUCAGACAGACUAUUUAUGUGGGCUGCUUUAUUUAUCCUAUGUUUUAGUCACCCUGUACCCAUUAUAGGUGCAGGGUGUGUGUAAUGUAAUUGUUUAUAGUGUGUGUGUAUGUACUGUGUAAUGUAUUGCCUGCUCUCUUGUAUUGCUGAGGUUUGCUACCAACUAGGUGGGUUUGGCUAUGGAGCUGGUCUAGUGCCCUCUGUUGGUAGCAACAGCAAUAUGCACUACCUGAAUUGCAAGACUGGUUCAUUUGCAUAUUCGGGUAGAUUUGCAUAUUGCUAAUUCUGCAGGCAGGUGAGAUAUUUACUGUUAAAUAUUGUCUCCCCCCACCCCUUUAAAAACAUGCCAUUGUGUUGUGAUAAGUCACUGUGUGUUUCUUGAUAUGGUUUGACUGUUUGUGAUUUUAUUGAGGUUUCACAACAAUGUUAUUGUGGUGACUGUAUUGGCUGGUCCCAAGGGAAUAAAGGUUUUGACAGUUCUUCUUGAUCCCUCUAAACGUAGCCUUGUCUCGUUAUUGGAGGGAGCUGUUAUAAUCACACUGGGGAUUGCUAUGCUCUGCAUGCUCCCCUGAGCUUGAGUCACUUAGCUCUUUUAAGAGCUUGUUCCUGACACGCUCUCCUUGGAGGAGGGAUCUUCACCACAUAGUCCUGGAUGCUGGAGGUUCAUACAGGGUGGAAGGAAGGGUUCUUUCCCACACAGUCCUGGAGGACAGAAGCUGAUCCAGGGUGGAAGGAAGACGACGAGACUCCAGUCAAGAUACGGCGGUUGCGGAGUCUGCGGUGGUUGCGGUGUCUGCUGCAGCGCUUGGUGUCCUCAGGAAGCUCUAGGAGCAUCCGUCAACGGAGGGUACUCGGUCGGAGUACAGGGAGCUCCGUUACAUUGGUGGCAGCGGUGGGAUGGAGUCCUAGUGCGAGGAGAAGCAGCUCGGAGACACUGGUAUCGUAUGAGAGGUUAUUGAGGGCAACGCUAGCCACUGUGCAGUGUCCCUAACUACAGCAGCAUGGAGCAGGGAUGGAUAGAGCCCUGCGAAGAGCACCUCAAUAUGAUACAUCGCUACGAGGACAACGCUUACAUUGAGGAGGUAAAGAGGCGGUUGGUCUGCUAUGGCCCAGACCUUUCGAACGAGGUGGUCCACCAAGUAAUGUGCCAGUUGAGUGCUGAGAACAGUGCGGCAAUGGCCUUUGAGCGACAACUGUGGAGGUUGAGGAUAUGGACACCUAGUCUCCAGCGGCAGUGCAAGUUACAGGGAGCCGAAGGUGUCGUCCUAACUCCACAGCGGCAGUGCAAGUUACAGGGAGCCGAAGGUGUCGUCCUUCCUCCCCAGCGGCAGUGCGAAUUCCAGGGAGCCGAAGGUGUCGUCUUUCCUCCCCAGCGGCAGUGCGAAUUCCAGGGAGCCGAAGGUGUCAUCCUUCCUCCCCAGCAGCAGUGUGUCCUACAGAGAGCAGAGACAGUUGGUCUCUCUCUCCAGCAGCAGGACAAUGUUAUGGGAGUGGAGACAGGCGGUCUCCCUCUCCAGCGGCAGCCUGUGUUUCAGGGAGAGGAGCACAGCACCCUAUCUCCCCAGUGGCAGCUUACCCUACCAAGGGGAGACACCAAUCUCCCAGAUGGCGCAGAGGGGACCGUGGUCUCUGUGCCCGACCUACAGGGAUGCUGGACAGCCUGUCCAGAUCCCCAACUACCCUCACAGGGACAACAGGAGGAGGGGGUAAGUACGAAUUCCCCGCCCCAGCUAACUCCUAACUUGGCCCCAGGGUUAACAGGGGAGAUGUUAACCCCCACUGACCCCCACGUUCCCCUGGCUACUGAGCCGGACUAUGUCCCAAGCCCCCCAGCGUGUUGCCCCAUCACCCCAGAGGAAUACCCAGGUGCAGUCACUGUUUGCUGUGGGUGGGCUGCUCUAAUAACUGUUUGUUGUGGGUGGGCUACUCUGGCACUUGCUUAUGGUCGGUGGGUGACUCGACUAACUUAGGCACUGACCGACAGAAAGUCAGGUGCCUGGUUAGUCUUCCCCCCGAAGGGGAGAUAUGUGACGAAGUGCCCUUCGCCACUUGGUCCUGGAGAGGCCUACUUGCCAGCCUCCUCCCCUGUGACUAUGACUCUUUCAUCUAUCUGGCUUUAAAGCCCCUAGUCUACCUUCAGACAGACUAUUUAUGUGGGCUGCUUUAUUUAUCCUAUGUUUUAGUCACCCUGUACCCAUUAUAGGUGCAGGGUGUGUGUAAUGUAAUUGUUUAUAGUGUGUGUGUGUACUGUGUAAUGUAUUGCCUGCUCUCUUGUAUUGCUGAGGUUUGCUACCAACUAGGUGGGUUUGGCUAUGGAGCUGGUCUAGUGCCCUCUGUUGGUAGCAACAGCAAUAUGCACUACCUGAAUUGCAAGACUGGUUCAUUUGCAUAUUCGGGUAGAUUUGCAUAUUGCUAAUUCUGCAGGCAGGUGAGAUAUUUACUGUUAAAUAUUGUCUCUCCCCACCCCUUUAAAAAUGUGCCAUUGUGUUGUGAUAAGUCACUGUGUGUUUCUUGAUAUGGUUUGACUGUUUGUGAUUUUAUUGAGGUUUCACAACAAUGUUAUUGUGGUGACUGUAUUGGCUGGUCCCAAGGGAAUAAAGGUUUUGACAGUUCUUCUUGAUCCCUCUAAACGUAGCCUUGUUUCAUUAUUGGAGGGAGCUGUUAUAAUCACACUGGGGAUUGCUAUGCUCUGCAUGCUCCCCUGAGCUUGAGUCACUUAGCUCUUUUAAGAGCUUGUUCCUGACACGCUCUCCUUGGAGGAGGGAUCUUCACCACACAGUCCUGGAUGCUGGAGGUUCGUACAGGGUGGAAGGAAGGGUUCUUUCCCACACAGUCCUGGAGGACAGAAGCUGAUCCAGGGUGGAAGGAAGACGGCGAGACUCCAGUCAAGAUACGGCGGUUGCGGACUCUGCGGUGGUUGCGGUGUCUGCUGCAGCGCUUGGAGUCCUCAGGAAGCGCUAGGAGCAUCCGUCAACGGAGGGUACUCGGUCGGAGUACAGGGAGCUCCGUUACACACACUAUUACCUGUAAAACAUCCCACGUUGUUUACAAGUUGACCUGUCCCUGUGGUCUCUCCUAGACGGCCUUAUGUGAAUGGAUAAGAGGACACAGGUCCAGCAUCAAAUUAGCCUACAGAGAUGGAAAGUCAGACAAACCCGUGGCAAAACAUUUUUACAACUGGACCAUGCCUUAUCAACCUUGAAAUUUAUAGGCAUUGAUUAUGUGCCAUUGCCAGCGAGAGGUGGUGACCAAGGCAAAUGUUACUAAACUGUGAGGCCUAUUGGAUCCAUGAACUAGGCACUUUAUUCCCAAAGGGACUUAAUGAAACUAUCCCUUUCUAUUUGUUUCUGUGAACUAGGGUGAAAUGACAUUCGUUUAUGAUGCACUAAUCUUGCUUGCAACUUGAACUUUUGUUUUUAAGAUAGAAGUAUACUACCUAGUCACUGUGGGGAUUAUCAAUAGGCAUGUUUAUAAAUGUAUUAAAACAAAGCCAUUAUGUACUCCACUACUUAAGCAUUUCCCCUGUCGCAAUUGGAAUAAACAAAGGGUUGCUGCAAUAGAAGUAAUAGCUAUAAUUUAGAUACAGCACUAGUAGACACUGUAAUCUUAAUUUUAAUUUCAAAAAGGAUCUGUAUCAAAUUAGCACUUGGCACUUUUUUCACAUUAGGAGUUUUCUCCUGUACUAUUUGGCACUUUAUGGUUCAUAUUUUAAGCACUUUACACCUGUUCAAUUCACUUUUAUUAUUAGUACUAUGAGCACUCAAUGCACUUGACAUUAUAAGCAAUGUCACUUUAAAUAUUGGUAAUAUUCACUUUAGAAUGGCGAUCUAAUGACUGCAUUACUAUAAUAUUUAAGCACUUUAUUCAUCCUUUUAUUCUUUCACCGAAUGUUAUAUUAAUCAUCAGUAUAUUUACUGGAUUUGUACAGUACUCUUAAUUCACUGUUAUAUGAUCGACAGUUUCCACGAGCAUCGUCUGUUUGUUUAACAGCAUUGCCAUGGAGACGAGACAACCGUCAUCACGCCAAUACGACAUUAUGUCACUCGAGGCGGCGGAAUCACCACACGCAUGCGCCCGGGACUCGAGAGAACGCCGAAGGCAACACACAACACCUGGGGUAAGCUUAUAUGCACCUAUAUUCAAUUAUGUUUGUAAUUAUGUAUGUAUAUAUUUGACAACUGUUAUACUAGAAUUUUAUGUUUGAACCUGAGGAAAGUCCACAAGGAGGACUGAAACAUCAAUCUAAUUUUUAAACGAAUCCAAUAAAGAAUUCAAGAUUUUAUCACAGACCGUGAGUGCAGCUGAUAUCUGUUGAUAUUUAUAUAUAUAUAUAUAUAUAUAUAUAUAUAUUUUAUAUAUAAAUACACUUUUACUUUAUUUUACCUUUAAUAAUAUUUUUUUUUAUACUACCUACCAGCAGGAGGACAGUCUGACAGCCCAGACAGUCCCCCUGCUGGCUGAUCCACAGCCAGCUUUGUGGCCAUGUGAUCGCUCUUUGAGAGAGGAUCGCGGCGGAGGUAAGAACCGUGGAGCUCCUGGGAACCGUUACGGCGUUCUAUGCCGCCGCAACGGCUUUAAAGUCCAUUAUAAUGGGGACGGCAUAGAACGCCGUAACGGUGUUAAGGGGUUAAAUCACUUUGUUUCUGUUAAUUCAGCCAUUGCCACACCUCCCCUGGCUCUGAGUGACACAGCCUGCAUGAAAAAAACGGGUUUCUCUUUCAAUUAGAUGUAAUUUACCUUAAACUAUUUUAUUUCUUUCUCUGUAAAUUGAACUUUAAUCACAUACAAGAGACUCUGCAGGAUCUAUCAAGCUAUUAACAUAGUUGUGAAUAAGAAAAAAAUCUAAAUUAACCAGAAUUUGCAAUAAGGAAAGGAUAUAAAGUCAUCCAAGGAUAAACAUUGGAUGACUCUUUACAGGAAGUGUUUAUGAAGGCUGUGCAAGUCACAUGCAGAGAGGUGUGACUAGGGUUCAUAAACAAAUUGAUUUAACUCCUAAAUGGCAGAGAAUUGAGCAGUGAGACUGCAGGGGCAUGUUCUAUACACCAAAACAGUUUCAUCAAGCUAAAAUUGUUUUGGUGACUAUAGUGUCCCUUUAACAAUCAUAGAGAUCCUACUGACAUAGAAUGUAUGCCUUGAAGGGUGGUUUUUAUCCUUAUUAGUUUCCCCAUAAGAUAAAACAUUGUCCCUUUAUCUUAACCUGUAUGGGUAUGCUGUUACCUUGUAUCCUUGCAUUAAUGAUCUCUUAUAGUUGUCUAUUUUGUGUACACAAUUACUCUUGUAUAUUAUUGCUUACAAAUAGGUAAUGUUGUCAAACCUGUUAUUGCUAUGUUUUAGACUAAUAUUUUUUCAAUAAUAAAAUAAAUCUAAUUGCAAAUUAAACUGUAUUUGUACUUUACAGCUCUGUCAUGUCCACCCAACUCUCAUUAUGAGCAAUGUGGUACAUCGUGUCCAGCCACUUGUUCAAACCCAGAAUCCUCACCCACUUGCAAUCUCCCUUGUGCUGAGGGAUGUGUCUGUGACACAGGAUAUGUUCUCCAAGAUAAGAAGUGUGUCCCUACAGCAGAAUGCCAAGGAUGCUGGGAUGGCAUUAAAAAUCAUCCAGUGAACUUUGAAUUCUGGACAGAUGACACUUGUUCUACAAAAUGCAGAUGUCCAUCUGAAGGAAGUGAAUUUACCUGUACUCCUUCUUCUUGUCCAGAUGACAAACACUGUGGCAUAACAAAUAGCAUACCUGGCUGCUAUGAUCAAACAUUUGGCAACUGCCUAGUCUAUGGGGAUCCUCAUUAUAAUACCUUUGACAAAGCAGUUCAUCACUAUAUGGGAGUGUGCACCUACACACUCUCCAAACUCUGUAGUAAUUCCACUCUGCCAUAUUUUAAUAUUGAAGCAAAGAAUGAGCAUCGUGGUAACCCAACAGUGUCAUAUAUUCAAAUGGUUAUGGUAGAUAUUUACAAUCAUCAAAUAACAAUUGUGAAAAAUGAACCAAAACGUGUCCUGGUAAGCUACCCUUCAAUGUUCUUGAUCCUACUAAGUGGGCAUAUUUUAUUAUACAUAAUUAAUAAUGUAAUUGUCUAUGGCCAUCAAAUAACAAUUGUGAAAAUGGAGCAAAAUGGUGUCCUGGUAAGCUGCAAUUUAAUUUAUUUAAAAAAAUCUGCAACGUAAAGGUAAAGUAAGUUAUUUUGUUAAGUAGAAAGAAAACUAAAUUCUGUUCUCUGUUUAAAGUUGCAAUGUUUGAUUUAAAUGGUGCUAAUCAGGACUUGUUUUAUUGACUCUUGUUAACUGUACAAUGAUGUUCAGUAUUAUUUAGAUAUACAUAUUUUUCAAUGACUCCUAUUUUUUUAUUUAAGCUUAAUGGUGUAUGGACCAUUCUCCCAGUAAGUUUGGAUAAUGGAAACUUGACAGUAAGCCGAAGUGGAAAAUAUAUCCUUGUGGAGACUGAUUUCAAACUCACAGUCUCAUAUGACACUGAUCAUACAGUGGAGGUAAAUGUUCCUACCACCUAUUUCAACCAGACAUGUGGAAUAUGUGGUAAUUUUAAUGGAGACCUAAUAGAUGACUUCAUGAUGCCUAAUAGUCAACAAGCACAGGACACUAAUCAGCUGGGAAACAGCUGGAAAGUAGAUGAUGAUGAUCCAUCAUGCACACCAGUUCCUCCACCUCCAAUUUGUCCACCAGAGAAGGAAGAAUUUUAUGAGAGAGAUACCUACUGUGGCCUUAUAAGAAGUAAAGAUGGUCCAUUCCAGGCUUGUCUUUCUGUAAUCAACCCAGACAGAUUCAUGAGCAGCUGUGUGUUUGACCUGUGUGUCCUUGGUGACGCUGCUCUGUGCAAUGCAUUAGAGGCAUAUGCUGAUGCCUGCCAACGGGCUGGAGUUAGCAGCACUUGGAGAAACUCAACAUUCUGCGGUGAGUAUUGGGUAUGGUUUCAAAAAAUGUGUCGGGUACCUGUUAUAACUACCCAGUGCUAUUCAAAUAAUCUUUAGACUGCUUAAACAAACACAUUUUAAAUCAAACUGGAAUAAUUACAAAUAUAUAUAUAUAUAUGAAAUUAUUAAUAUUAUUGGCAUUUAUAUAGAGCCAACUUAUUUUGCAGUGCUUUACAUUAUUAUAAAGGAGGGAAUAUAAAAAUAAAUUAAACAAUCAUAAUAUCUUACAAGAACAAUAGAUUAAUGAGGAUCCUGCUGAACAAGCUUACGAUCUAUAGAAUGUUUAAGAAUGACUUGUAAAACACAUUUUUUUUUUUUUUUUUACUAUUUACUCAGCUCUCAAUUGUCCUGCUAACAGUCACUACAACCAAUGCACCAGUGCAUGUCCUGACACUUGUCUGAAUCAGAAUGCAUCAAGCAAUUGCACUAAACCAUGCAUUGAGGGCUGCCAGUGUGAUAAUGGCUUUGUUCUUAGUGGGAGUACCUGUGCUGAAGUCAAUGAUUGUGGAUGUUCUUAUAACGGCACAUAUCAUCAGGUCAGUUUUGGGCACUUUAUUCACUUCACCUCCUUGCUGGUAGUAACGUGAAAUGACACUGAGAUUUCAUGUAGUGCUGGGAGAACUUAAAUAUUGUCUUCAAGAAAAUCUUAUCCAAGAUGAUGAUCAACCAACAUAUAAGCAGUAAAUUAUCACCUUGUGUAUAGGUGGUGUGCUAUACCCAUCUUAUUAUCCUUAUUCCUAACCAAACAGAUGUCAUAUAUGAAGACUAUUAUGGAGAGUUCAAUAAGUAACUACUGGCUAGUUUUCUGUUUAGAAAUAAUACAUCUGUUUGUGACGGACUGACUGAUUGGGGAUCCUCAUUAUAAUUACACUGUUAUAAAUAUGUCUAAUUUUCCAGAAAGGAGACCAGUUCUGGCAAGGAGAAUGUGAGGGCCAAUGCACAUGUAUCGGAAAUAACCAUGUAACCUGCAAUGACAAGAAAUGUCAAGCAAACCAAAUGUGUAAAGUCCAAAGGGGUGUUCUAGGAUGUCACCAGUCAGACUCCACCACUUGCCAUAUUUAUGGUGACUCACACUAUGUCACAUUUGAUGGCAAACUGUACCAUUUCCAAGGAGCUUGUACUUAUACCACUGUGGAGUCCUGUCGAUACUCCUCUGUUAACUUCUCAAUCACAACGAGGAAUGAGCACAGGGGAACUUUGGACUGGACAGGUUUAAAUUCAGUUGCUGUUAAAAUUGGGGACCAGAACAUUGUACUGGGGAAGCAAAAAAAUGCUUAUGCGUCACACAUAGAGGUAAGCAAAUUUGAAAUGUAUUAUGAUUGUUUGCAGGUAAAUUCAUAAUUAUUGAGGGUUUAAUAUAUUUAAUUUUUAUGGACAUCUUAAACUGUGUUCAUAUGUUUAACUUAUUUUAUUUUUUUAGGUAAAUGGAAGAAAGAUUACUUUUCCAGCACAUACAGGCUCUGGAAUCUUAAUAUAUAAUAGUGGACCCUAUGUUGUUCUCCAAACUGAUUUUGGCCUGGAGGUUAAAUUUGAUGGAAAACAUGAACUGUUUGUUAAAGUGCAUGAAAAGUUCAGAGGUCAACUCUGUGGUCUUUGUGGAACUUAUACUGGUAAUAUAAUGGAUGAUUUCUUAAAGCCUGAUGGUUUACUGGCACACACCUCAACUGAGUUUGGAAACAGCUGGCGAAUUCCUGAUGAUGACUGGGAGUAAGUAUGGAAUAACAAUAAAGCCACAGCACAACACAUCUAAAUAGAACCACAAUAAUUGUAAAAAGAGUACUGAAAACAUAAUAAAUAAUAUAUCCAGUUAAUGUAGUUUUGGUACCAGCAGAGUCCUUUUCCCAUACCUAAGCUUGUUGCUGUGGCUCUCAGCCAAUUCAUGUUACCUAAACAUGGACAAAAAUAAAGGAACACACUAAGCACUAUACUCAGCCAAUUCAUGUUACCUAAAUAUGGACAAAAAUAAAGGAACACACUAAGCACUAUAACCACUACAGCCUGUUCUACUGGUUAUGGUGCCAGGAGUGCCUUGACGUCCUCCCAUAGAAAAUAUUGAUAUGACAGCUUACCUGAGGUCCACUGAAAGCCUUUUACUACCUCCCAAAGAGCUAGAAGCUCAUCCAUGGAGGUGUUCUUCUCCACUGAGCUAAACCCUGAUCUGUAGUGCUGGCUUAAAGGUUGAGACUGUACUUAAACAGUUUGACAAUCCUGGCAAUCCUGGCACCAUAACUACCACAGCAGGUUCUAGUAGUUAUUGUACAUAUACUGUUUCUUUAUUUACUUAUUAUUUCUGAAUUUAUUUACUUAUGUGGAAUUGUAUCUUUGGCAAUAGCAAUAUGCUAUUCGCUAUUGGCUGGAUCAUAGACUUCUGGAGUACCCUAGCUUUGUGUCAAUCUUUUCAAAAAUGGUUUGACACAAAACCAGGGAACAGAGGCAAUGCUGGCACCAUAACCAACAUAGAGGGCUGAAGUGGUUUAAAGGUUUAGGCUGCCCAUUUCAACAACAUUGCAAAAUAUGUUAAAGCAUGAUGUAUUGUGUGGAUUUACAUUAAAGCAGGGGAAGUUCAAGGGUGCAAAAGACUACGGGCUUUUGCCCAAGGUAUAUUUUUUGUCCCAUCCUGUAUAUAUUAAUUUAAGUCCCUCCUAAAAACAGCCCUAAAAGAUGUCCUAAAUCCAUUCCUAAUUCCUGUGUUCUGACAUUGUGACCCCAAGACAUGCUGGAUUAACUUGUCAACCCACUGCAUUAAAGCCGUAAACCCACAUCAAUAUCCCCACAUUGUGCUUUAUAAUAAAAUAUCUUGCCCUAAAUAUUACACAGGACUUGAUACGAACAAUGAAAUGGUGCUAGAAUUAGAGUGAUGGCUUUUUAGGACCCCACUGAGGGCUCCAGUCCUUGACAGCCCCUCCCUAACUACACCUCUGCAUCAAAUGGAAUCUUUCAUGACAUAACUUAACCUCCGUGCCCACACCACAUUGUUCUUAUAGAGGUGCUUGGUAUACUUCUGUUACAUAUUUAAACAUUGUUACAUUUAAAAAAAUGCAAAUGUAUAAAAAUGGAUAAUAUAGUAAAACUACAUUUUCCUUUAGGUGUGAAGAUUAUGUUAUAAUUCCUCAUCCUUGUAACCCUGCUGAUGAGAAACUCUAUGAAGAACAAUGCAAAAUCAUUCUCUCAAUCAAUGGUCCUUUUGAAGAAUGUCACUUUUAUAUCCUACCUGGGAUGUACUUUGAGAGCUGCGUCUAUGAUCAAUGUGCCACAGGAGGAGACAUAGAACAGUUUUGCAAUGCCUUAGAGUCAUAUGCUGCCGCCUGUGAGAAUGUUGGUCUCAACCUUGAAAACUGGAAAGAUGACACUAUCUGUAUGGAGGGAAAAAAAAUACCCUGAUAUUUGAGAUCCUAUAAAUGUUCAGCAGUGUCUUCCUAAUACAUGCAAUUAUAUAUGUUAUAUAUCAUUUAAAAAUGUUUUUCAUAUUGUAAAUUUCAAAUUCUAUUGUGAUUUAAAUAAUAUUUAAUUGUAUUUUUACAACAUUUAUCUUAUCACCUGAAUCUCUUAUAUCUCUGGAGACACACUCACCUCUCAAUAAAAAAUAAAUGAUGAAUUAUUUUAAUCACUUUCUGUAG